AAUUUAUCUCAAUCUCCAGUUCUUUAAUUUAUGAACUCACAGAAAAAUUAUAUGUUCAAUUAUAGAAAAAGAAAAUACCUUAUUCAUUUGAAUUCAUAAUAUUUCUAUACGACAUCGCUGUAGUUGAAGUUGAUGAGUGGCUCGGUGUAAGCCCAGCCUUCAUCAGCUCCUCCUCCGCUGAAAACCUGUUUGCACUGCUGUCUUCUUCGCUGCAUAUCCAGCACAAGCACUAGACAACCAGCGCCACAAAAGCCAUGCAAGCCCUUCAUCUUAUAUUUGAAUUCGAAUAGAAACCCAAUGGAAAAAUUUUAGGGGUUGAAUUUAAGGAUGUGCACAGGCUCAGUGAUGGCCAAGUCAAGCACUCUCCAUAAUUCUUUUAUGCUGGUUCUCUCUGGAAGGUUAGUGCUCAGGCCUUCAAUGAUGAAGAUCCUCUAAGGACGUUGAGCUCUUGGUAGCAUUCUGUUUACUACAAAGGAGAAAGUAGAGGAGAGGGCUCAAUUAUAAUUUUUUAAAACUCUUUGUUGACUAAUUUUUCGCGCGCUCAAGCAUAUAAAGUGUUAUAAGCAUUAUAAACACGUAAAGUGUAAUUUUUGAAACUUGGAAGGGUCGGUAAUUUUCACACAAAAAAAAACUCGGAGAAAGAGAGGAAUAAAUUACUUAAACCCUCCCCAGCUCACUAUAUGUUAUACCCUCUCUCAGUCACCAAACCCGACCUGCCCAAGACGAUCCACAGUUAAUUCAAUCGCUGCAAAAAAGCUUAAAAGUAAUCGCAUUCAAUCCCGGCGGCAAUAAGAAGCCCGAUUUCAAACAGAUUGCAAUGAGAAAUUUUGUAAAUGUGGUAGCGAGAUCCUUCUCUCUAUCAAGCAGCCUCCUUUCACAUCUUCAUAAAGUUCAGUUCUCUCCUCGAAAGAUUUCACCCCACUUAGCUACUAUAACUGAAGUCAUUGAUCAUUGCAAACGACUCACAACACGGGUGUCUUUUGAUGAAGGGGAGGUCAAAGAUGAUAACUUGAAUCAAAUGCUUAAUGCUGUUGAAAAUGCCCCAGAAUCUGCCACCAGAAAAAUCGGAACUGCUUAUGUCCAUAACUUGUGUAAAGCUGGAAACCUUUUCACUGCGGUUAGACUGCUGCAAUCAUUAUGUGAUAAAAACAUUUUCCUUGGCCCUAGUGCUUAUAAUAUCAUUUUGGUGGCAGCUAGUGAAAAAAAUGAUAUUGCGAUUUUGUCCCAGGUUUUUAAGGAUUUGAUUGUGUCUUGUCAGUCUUUGCCUUCGACUUCGUAUCUGAAACUUGCCAGGGGUUUUGUGAAGACAAAUGAUGAUGUCCAGCUACUGAGACUUGUCAAAGAAGUUUCUGAAAUGACAUUCCCGAGUAGCAUGAUGGUUGUAAAUAGAAUUAUCUUUGCCUUUGCUGAAUGUGGGCAGUUUGACAAAGCCCUUCUGAUAUUUAAGCAGAUGGAGAAUCUGAAAUGUAAGCCGGAUUUGGUCACGUAUAAUACUGUUUUGGAUCUUUUAGGUCAUGCAGGUCGGAUUGAUGAAAUGCUCUGUGAGUUUGCCUCCAUGAAGGAAGCAGGAAUUCUCCCAGAUUUUAUUUCUUACAAUACUUUGCUAAAUCAGUUAUGGAAGGUAGGAAGAUUGGAUUUGUGUUCGGUGUAUUCCCGGGACAUGGUUGAGAGUGGAAUUGAACCAGAUUUGCUUACAUAUACUGCAUUGAUUGGGAGCUUUGGCCAAUCUGGAAACAUUGAGGAAUCAUUGAGACUCUUCAAUGAGAUGAAGACAAAGCAGAUCCGCCCAUCUAUUUAUAUAUAUCGAUCGUUAAUUGCCAGUUUGAAGAAGAUGGGUAAGGUGGAAUUGGCAAUGACCCUUUUGGAAGAGAUGAAUGCAUCAAUGUCAAACCUAGCCGGUCAUAAGGAUUUCAAACGAACACGCAAGUAGUUAUGCAUAGAGAAGCCAGGGUUUUACAUUGUGACGGAGAGUACUGAGUUCAGAAGUUAGCUCAAGCUGGGAUAUGCGGUGGAGGUUCUCUACCCGUCUUUAAGUUGAUAACGUGGUAGAGGCUUGCUGGCUUUUUCUGAUGCCAGUGCUUUCUAGUGAAUAAUUGCCUACUCAUCUCAAGGUGAAGACAAGAAGAUGUUUACUCCAAUUGGUUUUGGUGGCAGCCUGGCACCAAUUCUAUUAGAAAUCUAAGAAAUUCUUUCACAAGAGAUUUGCACAGAUCCCACCUUGUAAAUGUUUCAGUCUCAUUCCUCUGUAACCAAGUGCUGCAAAUGGAACAGUGGAGGCUUGCACGUUAAACCAAUUUCACAAUAUCAAGGUAAGAAAUCCAACAACACAAUCUACUUAGUUCGCUUUUGUGGUUGUAAUUUAAAAAAAAAUAAGUUUAAAAAAGACUUUUAGUUGCAUUUUUUAAAAAAUAAGUUUUGAAAAAUACAUGUUUAGUUAAAACUAUUAAUAAUUUUACAUGCGGUUUUAGUUUAAAAUAUUUGUUUCUUUUAUAUGCAAACUGCUAAUAAUUUUUUUUCUUUUAUAUGCAAACUGCUAAUAAUUUUUUCUAUCUUUAUUAUUUAAGUUACUCUUUAGUUUUCCAUCACUUUUCUAACUAGUUGUGUUAGUCAACUACAUCGCCUAAAAAAAGGUUCUUUUUUGUUAAGAAAAAAAACCUUUUGUCUUGCUCUAACAUGCACGUGGACCGUCCACCUUCCUCGAGUUCCAAUUCUGAGUCAGAGGCCUCUUGUAUGUAUCAUGAUUCAUGGGAAGUGUUCGGCAAUCAAUAACAUGUUCUUCAAUGUUAUACAGUUCUUUAAGGUGGAUUUCAUGGUGAUCUUAGUCAGAUGAUUUCUGUAUCAUUUUUAACGUUAUGGUGCCUAAGCUAUGGCACCGGCAAGUGAUUCACUAUUCUUGAUUGCGUA